AUGGCGACGAUCGCCCCACCACCACCGCAGGCCCGCGUCCUGGCGCCCACCGUCCACGGUCUCCUGACGACGGUGGCCAACCUGCCGCCACCGUACAAGCUCCAGUAUCCGGUCGUAGCCGACGCCGUGAGCAGUCCCGUGACGGCGCCCGGUGGGGAGAGUCCGCUGGACUUGACCGUGCGGCCGACCGCGGCACUCGGACCGAUAACGCCUCCGGCCACACCGUCCCCGCUGAAGAAGCGAUACCGCGAGGACAACCUGCUGAACUUCGCGCGUACCGACGAACCGCAACCGAAGCGACCGAAGGAUGAUCCGGCGAGCGAACCGGAUGUGGAACAGCAGGUAAAGCAGGACCCAACGACACCGCCGGCGAAGGCGAGUGCCAAGGCAGGCGGGGGUGUGCCACCCCGGAGCACGAAGAAUCCUCCGCCGGUCGCUGCCAGUACGGCCACCUCGAAGGAGCGGCGUGCCAAGGCCAUCCGGAAGCUGAAGUUCGACGAGGAAAACUCGUCGCCCGUGUCCGGCACGAUCAUCAUCUCGCUGGAGGAGGCCAUGAGUGGGGAUGCACCGCGCGAGUCCGGUGACAUCGAUCCGCAGUUCAAUCUGGUCGAGGUGUCGGACGAGGUGCGGGCCGAGUUGGCGGCCAUCGCGAACGUGAUCGGGGCGUACAACUGCAAGCUGUGUCGGCUCGAGUUCGAGGAUGCGUUCGGGUUGGCCCAGCACCGCUGUUCCUGCAUCGUAUUGCUCGAGUACCGGUGCCCCGAGUGUGGCAAACGGUUCAACUGUCCCGCCAAUCUGGCUUCGCACCGCCGCUGGCACAAGCCGCGCGAUCAGGCCGGAGCGAAGAAGGGCGGUGCGGCCACCACCGUUGCCGCCGGUCCAGUCGAGCGCAGCGAGGGCCACCAAUCGGACUCGGACGGUGGGGCCAGCAAGUUCCGCUGCAAGCUGUGCGAUAAAACCUUCAAACGAGCCGCCUACCUCAAGAAGCACCAGCAAACCCACAACAAAGCCCCCAACAAGACGUCGUCGUCGAAGGGUUCCAAGGGAUCCAAGGGAACCGUGAAUUCUGCGCCAGCCGUCACACCGUACCGUAGCGAAGACUCGAACCACUCGAGUCAGUCGGCCCGUUCCGGCAACGACAGCCACGUUUACACUGCCUGUCCCGUGGCAUCGAGCGCUGCUGUGACGGCCGGGGACACCGUGCCGGAUUCGGAAGGCCCACCACCACUGUCCGUUUUCAGAAUGGUGGCCUCCGCGGCCUCAGCGGAGUUCCUGGGCGAACCGACCGUAACGUUCGUCCAGCAGCCACGGGCGCCCUCGGUGGUGUCCUCCUCGGGACGCGGCAGUGAGGUACCGGAACACGAGGAUGACCCGGACGACAGUGAUUGCGAAGAGCGGACGCUCGUCAUCAACGAGGACUACCGGGGCGACGAGCCCGACGACGAAGACGAAAUGGAGCGCCAGUACCGGUCGGCUUACUGUGACCGGUUCACCGAGGAGGAGAACCUGGCCGCGGCGGCUCUCGCGCGCCUCCGCAACGGUCCCUCCGUCAUCCGCCAUACUACGGCCCUGGUGGUGUAA